AUGGCGACCUUCGCGAAAUCGUUGGCGCCUCUCAAGACGGUGCAAGAGAUCCAGUUCGGACUCUUCUCACCUGAGGAGAUCAAGAGCAUGAGUGUAUGCCACAUCGAGUAUGCAGAGACGUUGGAUGAGCAGCGCCAGCGGCCGCGCGAGAAGGGCUUGAACGACCCUAAGCUGGGCACCAUCGACCGUAGCCAGAUGUGCGCGACCUGCGGCGAGAACCAACAAGAGUGUCCUGGGCACUUUGGCCACAUCGAGCUGGCCGUCCCAGUCUUCCACGUCGGCUUCAUCACCAAGAUCAAGAAGAUCCUCGAAUCAGUUUGCCACAACUGCGGGAAGCUCUUGGAAGAUGAAAACAAGCCAGAGUUUGCCAUGGCUCUGAAACUUCGCGAUCCGAAGCGGCGGUUCGAAGCAGUCACACGCCUCUGUAAGCCAAAGGACGUUUGCGCAGCAGACAUCGAGGACAAGCCUGAGGAUGGAGAUCCCAACGACCUCAAGAAAGACAAAGACAAGCGCAGGGCUCACGGUGGCUGUGGAAACACUCAACCCACCAUUCGCAAGGAGCAGCUCAAGCUUACUGGCACGUGGAAGAACCCCAAGGGUGAGGAUGGCGAAGACGGUGGUGUUGAGAAGCGGACGAUCACGCCGCAGAUGGCUUUGAACAUCUUUCGCAACAUCUCCGAGGAAGACCUCCAGCGCCUGGGUCUCAAUGUCGACUACGCCCGUCCUGAGUGGAUGAUUCUGACGGUGCUGCCUGUCCCACCGCCAGCAGUCCGUCCCAGUAUUUCGAUCGACGGCACGAGCCAGGGCAUGCGCUCAGAAGACGACUUGACCUUCAAGCUGUCAGACAUUAUCCGUGCAAACUCCAACGUUCGUCGUUGCGAGCAAGAGGGUUCGCCACAGCACAUCCACGAUGAGUUCACUGGUCUGCUGCAAUACCACGUGGCGACGUACAUGGACAACGAUACUGCUGGUAUCCCUACCGCCAUUCAGAAGACUGGUCGUCCAGUCAAGGCCAUCCGCGCACGUUUAAAGUCCAAGGAAGGUCGUCUGCGAGGUAACCUCAUGGGCAAGCGUGUCGACUUCUCGGCACGUACCGUCAUCACUGGUGACCCCAACCUUGAACUCGACCAAGUCGGUGUGCCUCGAUCAAUCGCUCGCGUUCUCACCUUCCCAGAGCGUGUCACUGUCUACAACAUCCACAAGCUCACCGACUUGGUGAGGGAAGGACCUGACGGCCACCCCGGCGCAAAGUUCAUCAUCCGCGAAGACGGCUCAAGAAUCGACUUGCGUUACCACAGGAAAUCUAGUGGGAUUCAGCUCCAGCUAGGCUGGGUUGUCGAGCGACACAUCGUGGAUGGCGACUACAUCAUCUUCAACCGACAGCCGUCGCUGCACAAGGAGUCGAUGAUGGGUCACCGUGUGAAGGUCAUGCCUUACUCCACAUUCCGUCUCAACUUGUCCGUCACAUCGCCUUACAACGCCGAUUUCGACGGUGACGAGAUGAACUUGCACGUUCCUCAGUCGCACGAGACCCGCGCUGAGGUUGCCAACCUCUGCGCCGUGCCCCACAACAUUGUCUCGCCACAGAAGAACGGUCCUUUGAUGGGUAUCGUGCAAGACACCAUGGCUGGUAUCUACAUGAUGACGCGCCGCGAUGUCAUGCUCGACUAUGAACAAGUCAUGAACAUCCUUCUUUGGGUUCCAGGCUGGGACGGCGUCGUUCCACCUCCCGCAAUCAUCAAGCCAGUCCCCCGAUGGACGGGCAAGCAGAUAAUAUCGCUUGCACUGCCAUCAGGACUCAACAUCAUGCGGCCCAAGGAGAACCACAUUCCUCUCAGAGAAGAGAAGGAUGAUGGUCUGGUUGUCAUGAACGGUGAGCUCAUCUGGGGCCGUAUGGUCAAGGGCAUUGUUGGUGCUUCUGGUGGCGGUGUUGUGCACUGCAUCUUCAACGACCGAGGACCUGAUGCCACCGUCGAGUUCUUCACGGCAGCACAGCGAAUCGUCUGCUACUGGCUCCUACACAACGGCUUCAGUGUCGGCAUUGGCGAUACCAUUCCUGACGCAGAGAUGGUCGAGCUUAUCGGAAAGGAAGUUCUUGAUCAGAAGCACACCAUCGACGAGUACGUCAAGGAAGUGGAGACUGGCAACAUGGAGACGCUUCCCGGUAUGACUAUUCGAGAGACAUUCGAGUCCAAGACCAAGGCGGCGCUGGACAAUGCUCGAAACAAGGGAGGUGAUGUCGCCUACCAGCGCAUGAGACCGUGCAACAAUGUCGGAACCAUGGUGAAGUCCGGCUCCAAGGGCUCAACCACGAACGUUUCCCAGAUGACGGCUGCCGUCGGACAGCAAUCUCUUGAAGGCAAGCGUCUUCCAUUCGGCUUCAAGGAUCGUGUACUUCCUCACUUCCCCAAGGACGACUACUCACCAGCUUCGAGGGGUUUCGUCGAGAAUUCCUACCUCCGUGGUCUCACUCCUCAAGAAUUCUUCUUUCACGCCAUGGGUGGUCGUGAAGGUCUCAUUGACACUGCUGUCAAGACUGCCGAGACUGGGUACAUCCAGCGUCGUCUUGUCAAGGCACUCGAGGAAGUCAUGAUCAAAUAUGACAGCACCGUUCGCAACUCGCUUGGCGACAUCCUGCAGUUCACCUACGGUGAAGACGGUCUGGAUGCCGUGUACAUUGAGUCGCAGCCUCUGCAGAUCAUCAGCGCUUCUGAUGAGGCAUUCGACAAGAAGUACAAGCUCGAUGUCAUCAAUCCUCAGCACAAGAACCAAGCUCUCAGCCCGAAUGUGCUGGAGAUGGCCGCUGAGCUCCGUGGUGAUGUGGAAGUCCAAGAGCUUUUCGAUGCCGAGUACGAAGCAAUCAAGCAUGACCGUGUGAAGAUCCGCAGCAGUGUCGAUGAUGCAGACGAGAGUCGCUAUCUUCCACUCAAUGUUGGCCGCAUGAUCAUGAACGCACGCGAUAAGUUCAAGAUCACCGACAACAGCAAGAGUGACUUGGAUCCACGAGACACCAUUCCCAAGGUCAAGGCGAUGCUCGACAGACUCAAGAUCAUCCGAGGUGACGACGAACUCUCCAAGGAGGCCGAUCUCAACGCCACCCUGCUCUGCAAGGCACUGUUCCGCUCGCGACUGGCUUUCAAGAGACUGGUCAAUGAAGACCACUUGAGCAAGCUGGCAUUGGACAACAUUCUUGGUGAUAUCGAGAAUCGAUUCCUGCGAGCUCUUGUCAGCCCAGGUGAGAUGGUCGGUGUCCUUGCCGCGCAGUCCAUCGGUGAGCCGGCCACACAGAUGACGCUCAACACCUUCCAUUUGGCUGGUGUGACUGCAAAGACGACAACCAAGGGUGUGCCUCGUCUCAAGGAAAUUCUGAACGUUGCCGAUAACAUCAAGACACCAAACAUGAAGGUUUUCCAACAGCCGGAGAAAUACGACAACCAAGAGACUGCCAAGGAGCUUCGAUCUCUGGUUGAGCACACCAACCUUCGAGGCGUCACAGAGGAGACGGAGAUCUACUACGACCCUGAUAUUCAGAGCACAGUCAUCGAAGCAGACAGGGAUAUGGUCGAGUCUUACUUCAUCAUUCCCGAAGACGGUGCAGAGUCUGUUGAUUCGCAGAGCAGGUGGCUUCUGCGUCUCGUACUGAGCCGUCGUCAACUGCUCGACAAGGGCCUUACCGUGACCGAAGUGGCUGGAAAGAUCAAGAAUGUCUUCUCGUCAGAUGUUUCCAUCAUCUUUUCCGACGACAAUGCGGACGAGCAAGUCAUUCGUAUUCGCAUGAACAACCAGAACAAGGAAGAAGAGUCUGAGACCGAGGAAGAAGACAUGCUCAAGCGUCUUGAAGAGUACAUGCUCGACAAGGUCGUCCUUCGUGGUGUUGAAGGCGUGCGGAGAGUCUUCGUCUCGUCUGGUACCAAGCUCCACGAGAAGCCUGACGGGCAGCUGGUGAACAACAACAGAGAAGCCUCGUGCAAAGAGUGGUAUCUCGACACGGACGGUGUGCAACUGCAGAAGGUUUUGGCUGUGGAGGGUGUCGAUGCCACGCGCACGACAUGCAAUCACUUCCAGUCCAUCAUGGCAGUCUUUGGCAUCGAGGCAGUCCGCGCUGCGUUGAUGAGGGAGAUGAAGGAUGUGCUGACCAACGACGGCUCGUACGUCAACCACCGACACAUGGCCAUCCUUUGCGACGUCAUGUGCGCACGAGGCGAGCUGAUGGCAGUCACCCGUCAUGGUAUCAACCGAUCCGACACCGGUGCCCUCAUGCGUUGCUCCUUCGAAGAGACCGUCGAAAUUCUCUUCGACGCAGCUUCAUCUGGUGAGCUGGACGACUGCCGUGGCGUGUCGGAGAACAUUAUUCUCGGCCAGUUGGCGCCAAGUGGUACUGGCGAGUUCGACAUGCUUCUCGAUACCGAGAUGCUCAAGUCCGUCAGUGCCACGCAGCGACCCAUGCAAAUGGGUAUGGGCGCUGGCGCAAUGUCACCAAUGGCCGACGGAGCACAAACACCUUACGACCAGAACUCGCCCAUGUCCGAGAGCGGCUUUACUGGACCAGACUAUGGUGCCAACUUCUCGCCGAUCAUCCAAGCAGGCCAAGACGAAACUGGCGGUCUCACGGCGUACGGCGGUGGCUUCGACGGCGGUUUGAGUCCUUACCGCGGCGGCAUGAGUCCUGGCUAUGCACCACAAUCUCCAUUCAGCAGCAUGAGCCCGACUUCCCCAGGUUACAGCAACUACUCGCCUACGUCGCCCUCAUUCGGCAAUUACUCCCCAACAUCGCCGUCGGCAGGCAUGUCCAGCCCUGCCUUCGCCAUCACGUCUCCUGCGUACUCGCCAGCAAGCCCGGCAUACACGCCCACAUCGCCCAACUACUCACCAACAUCCCCGAAGUUCAGCAGCAACAACAAAGUCUCGCCGACUUCACCCAACUACAGCCCGACGUCGCCAAAUUACUCUCCAACUUCACCCAACUACUCGCCCACAUCGCCCAACUACAGCCCUACCUCGCCGGCCCAUGCGCCAGGCAGUGCGACAUCACCCAAGUACUCUCCAACGUCUCCACAGUACAGUCCGACGUCACCGCAGUACAGUCCGACCUCACCUGUCUACUCUCCGACGAGCCCUGCCUACAAUAGCGCUGGCCCAAGCAGUACCUCUCCAACCUCGCCCAAGUACAGCCCCACGUCGCCGAUAUACAGUCCCACGAGCCCAGCUCAGAACGGGUACUCGCCAGCGUCACCGGGUGCGAAGCAGAGUCCGACGAGUCCACAGUACUCUCCUACCAGCCCGCAGUACUCGCCAAAGUAA